UCGUAAAAGUGGCUGUGUGCUGGCGAAUUGUAAAAUAAAGUGGUUGUUUGCUGAGGAAAUGGAAAAGAAGAAUGCAUAGGAAAAUAAAUAAUUCUCGACUUAGCAGAUCUCAAGUCCUUCCGGGCUUCUUGGUGCCUUCUUAUGAAAAUUCUAAUCGUCCAAUCAACACGUUUAUGCUACAAUCUGCAGACUCAACUGUACUUCUAUUUUCAACCGUUUUAAAUCGAUUUGUAAUGAUUUCAAAAGGCGCUGCGGAUGUUUAACGGAUAAGCUUGGUCAUGGACAGCCAGACGAUUCAAAUCUCGCGGAUUUCGUGGUGACCUGGGGGCAGCUUUGCAGUAAUAUAUUAACAUGAAUGGGAUUUGACAAAAUUCCUAGUUGAAAAAUGCUUAACGGUUGAAUCUCGAUGAAAGAGAAAAAUGUGAGACUAAAUGUAGCCUUUUGGCUGAUUGGUGAAGUAAAAAGUUGAGAUUUUGUGUUGAGACGAAGCGUCCUCGUCGAAGGAUCUGAAUUUUAUGCCAAUUCAUUGCUGAAUUGGCAAGAACAGCAAUCGGUCGGUUCGAUGCACACUUUUAAGUGUUUCGUAAAGCUAGCAAGUGACCCGAGAUUGGUUGUGAGACCAAAUCUGUCUCGCCUCGUGGUCGUUCUGGCGCCGACGGUGCUCGAGUAUAUUAUCGU